GCGGUACGCAAAAACUCGCCGUCGCAGACAAAUGCCGGUUAGCGUAAGCAGGUGACAGAUAUCGUGCGCGCAAAAGCAAUUCGCCACAAGCGGAAGGAUUUCCCUCCUUUCUUUCAUGAGCAACGUCGUACACCACCAGUGUCGCAGAGUUUUGUAGUAACCACUUUCGAAAGCUCGGUCUGGUUGAACGAAGAAACGAAGCAGGCACUGCUUCCCAGAAAAAAAAAACGCCAGUCGUUUUGGGAUACGAUUUGUCCAUUGCACUUGUACAGCCGACUUUUUGUUACAAUUGUUCACUUAUACGCAUUUACCUAUCGUAGCUUUGAUUUAGUUGCUGCUUUUUUUUUUGGCGGUUUUAGCGUAUAUUCCUGUCGCUUUUUUUUGGAAUCAUUGUCGUCAAUUGCUUUAUCUUUAUCUUUUCUCUUCUUCUUCUUCUUCUUCUUCUGCUCUCUCUCUCUCUCUCUCACACGCACACAAGACAAUUACACCUUCCUUUCUCGACUUCAUUUCCUCGUCUUUAUUUCAUUCUUUCACGCUCAUGGGUCGAAGUUAUCGAACGUAUCUCUCUCGCAAGUUUUUUGUCUGCAAUUCCUGCAAUACGCAUGUUGCUUUGUUUGCUCAUCUGCGAAGCAAAGACUAUUAUGGGGCAUUUGGGGCUGCUGCAUUGUUUGAACAAUUGUUUAAUGGAAUCGCCUUAGGAAAGGAAAAGGAAGAAAUGCGAACGGGACGUUACGUCGUCCGUCGCAUCCUUUGCUGCCAUUGUCACAGUAAUAUUGGCUGGCGUUAUGAACGUGCGUACGAACCUUCUCAGAAGAUAAAGGAAAAUCUCUACAUCCUUGAACUCGAGCGUGUGUCUAUUCGCUGCGAGGAAUAAAUUGUCGCACUUGAGAACAUACCUUAAUGAAUCUCUCAAGCAGGCCUGCCACCCGUGGUGGUCUACGAACGCGGUACAAGCCGACCGAAUGACUGUUGUCGUUGUCGGAACAUGUCUUUUUAUGUACGGGAACCGCUGAACACACAAACAACUAUGACCGAAUCGCAUCUACUUACUAGCAUCUAUACUAAUUUCUGAAUUUCGCUUACAUCGCUGGGAUUCGCUAUAGCUCACUAAACCGUUUGCUGCCCCACAAUCAGCCCACGACUGCCCCGCAGCUUUAACCUGUCUCGUGUCUGCCGUCAUCAUCACGUAGCACAUACAGGACCCUCUCCGAAACCAGCCAGCGAGUUGCGAGCGACGUCCGUGCAAGGUCGG